AUUGGGUACCAGUAUCAACAGAUGGUAUUUAAAAACAUUUAGCGACAUGGAAAACAAAGCUCAGCCUACAGAUGAGUGUAGAUUCUCUGUGGAACUAACAGUUGACGACUCAUCGCCUGAUCUAGAACCAUUUAAACCAGAGAAGCCCCGUCUGGCUUGGCUCAUAGUGGACUUCACUUGUUUGCUAGUUGUCGGGUUGGUUUGUCUUUUAUUCAAACUAGUUGCCGUUCCAUAUCACAGAGGGUUUUAUUGUGAUGAUGAUAGUAUUAACAAGCCAUACAAAGAAAGUACUGUCCCAUCUUCGGUGCUCUAUUCCGUUGGCUUUGCUCUUGCUUAUCUGGUGAUCUGUGUCAAAGAGCUGUGUAGCCAGCGACGACAUAAAAGAUCUUCAGAAUACAGUGAAUAUGUCCCCUUUAAAUGGCUGAAGCUCAAGCCGAACCAUAUUAAUCUAAUCAACCUCUUGGUUUCUUUUGCCUUUGGAGGGCUUGUCACUAUUUUUGUCACUGAUAUCGGAAAAUACACAGUCGGACGAUUAAGACCUCAUUUUCUGUCAAUCUGCCAAGCUCCAUCUUCUGUAUUUUUGAACUGCAGUCACACAUACAUCACGGACGAUGUGUGCACAGGUGACCCAGGUUUGCUUAGAGAAGGACGCUUGUCAUUUCCAUCAGGCCACGCUUCAUUCUCAGGUAAUAAUUCCAUUUGCCUUUAGUGGUCAAAUUUAAUCAGCUGAAGGUCAAAUGUGAUGAACUGUAAGAAUAAGCAGUAGUAUAUGAAAAAGUUCUCUUCAACAACACUGCACAGCAACCAAUAAUACCUAACACCAUAAGCUACAUUCUAAUCCAAAAUCAAAGGCAUAGUUUUAUAUCAAUUUUUUUUCUUUUGUUUGCGUUGGAAGUUUCUAUCUGAAAACCAACCAUGUCAAUCUGCUUUGUUGCACCCAGCUGCACUUGUAUGAAGAGUCCCUGACAGAAAGGAUUGUGCUAUCAUUCUAAACUUGGCUUUUUUUCUCAUAUUUGCAGCAUAUGCCGUGACAUUUACAAUUCUGUAUAUGGAAAUCAUGAUCAAUUUCCCCCAUAGCAGGUUUCUGAAGUUUUCCCUCCAGCUGUUGAUUGCUCAGUUGGCUGUUCUGUGUGGGCUGUCCCGCGUUAGUGACUACAAGCAUCACUGGAGUGAUGUCCUUACUGGCUUGUUGUUGGGUUCCCUGAUUGCAGUAUUGAUGAUAGAUCGUGUCUUGAGGAUGUUUCACAAAGGCAAAGGCACAAGCAAACAUGACAGCCAAGGCUGA